GCUGGAUCAUCUGCGGCCGCCGUUUGAGGAAAGACUGGACCAGAUUAGGAUCUACUUUGCCUUCCGCUGACCUGUGCGGAUCAUGUCUUUCUGUCGCUUUUUUGGCGGUGAGGUCUACAAGGAUCAUUUCAAACCAGGCAUGUAUGUGUGCUCCCAGUGUAACCAUCCGCUGUUCUCCAGCCGCUCUAAGUUCGCCCACUCGUCUCCUUGGCCGGCUUUCAGCGACACCAUCCGAGAGGACAGCGUCACCAAGAUGAUGGAGACUCUCACCGCCUACAAGGUGCUGUGCGGGAAGUGCGGCAGCGGGCUGGGCCACGAGUUUGUGAACGACGGCCCGGAGGAAGGGGUGUCGCGGUUCUGA